ACUUGAACUUGGGUAAGCUAUCCACGGUCUUCUCUGUUGCGCACCACAGCGCCGACUCCCUCCUCCCGUGCUCUUCCUCCUCCUCCUCCUCCUCCUCCUGCAGCACCGCUCCGUGAGCUGUAACGGGACACUUUCAGUGCUCCAAACCUUUACUCGCUUCCCAUCAACGGUAUGUUCAGACUGUCUGCGCGCCUUCCAUCGGAGUGGAUGACGCCGGAAAGGCGUCCCUGUGAUUGUGACAUGUGGUGGCUGGUGAUGACCGCUGACUCCCUGACGUGGCGUUGAAUGAUCGGAGGAAUUGAGAGGCGACAUUGAGGGAUUUUACUCAAAAUCGAUCCGGCCGUCUGAAAUGAGCGCGGGGCUGAGGACGGUAAGUUGCCUGCAUGAUGCCACCACGGGUUUAGACCCUCCCUAAUCCUGUUGUGGUGACACAGAGGAUCUUCCUCAGUUCCCCAAACACCCCAGCACUGCAAAUUUGGCUCCUUACCUCAUGCAGCUCAUUCUCUGCAGCUAUCAGCCAGUGAUCAGUCCUCUUAUUCAGGCUUGCCUUUGCUAGACUGGCUUCAGAACAGGAUUACCCACUGAUUUGAUGUUGAAGUCUGGUACACAGACUCAGUCUGCUGUGGACCUCUUACCUCAUGACGCUCUGUUGGUUGGGGACCAAAAAAAGGAAAACAGCACUGCACCUUUUCUUUCUUCUGUUUUCCUACAGUAGCAGGAAAACUUUUUCAGAUCUGUAAAUCAGAAAAACUGAUGUUUAUUGAGACUGAAAAGUUUCAGAGGGCACUGUCUGCAGACUCUCUCUGUAUUUGCUAUCUGGUCUGAGCUGUCCACUCUCCAAUCGAAGCACAGUGCUCUGUGAAUGCUGCCAUGCCCAUCAUCAGCAAUGCCAACCAUGACUUCAGCAAUCUGUCCGUCAGUGAUGACAGCAGUCUUGACCACAUAUUCACUGAGAUCCCAGAGACUGAGACUAUCAAGGGUGUGUACUACCAAAGAGCUCAGUUCAUCCGUCGGCCAGAGGACCUCUUGUCCAUCGACCAUGCUUCCUUGGCAGUGAUCAAUGUCGGGGGAAACCGCUACACCUUCCCCUGGAGCACACUGGAGCAAUUUCCCCUCACACGACUUGGCCGCCUCUGUGGCUGCAGGUCACCUGAGGACAUCGCCAGCAUCUGUGACGACUACGAUGAAGCCCGCAAGGAGUUCUUCUUCGACCGCUCACCAUCCGCCUUUAGGGUUAUCCUCAACUUCUUGGCUGCAGGGAAACUCCGACUGCUACGAGAGAUGUGCAUCCUCUCCCUGCACGAUGAGCUGACCUACUGGGGCGUGGAGAUGGCGUACAUGGAGCGCUGCUGCAAGAGGAAGAUGUACACGCGCAUCGAGGAAGUGCACGAGAAAGAGAGGCGUCGGCAGGAGCGCAGGCAGAAAAACGCCAUGCAGCGGGAGACAGUGGAGGAAACACAAUACAGAAAAGUGAUGAACUGGCUAAGAGAUAUGGUAGAAAACCCACAGUCAGGCUUACCUGGGAAGAUCUUUGCCUGCCUGUCGGUGAUCAUGGUUGCCGUGACUGUUGUCAGUUUAUGUAUCAGCACGAUGCCAGACCUCAGAGAGGAAGAGGACAGGGGCGAGUGUUCAUCUAAGUGCUACAACAUGUUCAUCAUAGAGACGGUGUGUGUGGCCUGGUUCUCCCUGGAGUUCAUCUUGCGGUUCAUUCAAGCUCAGAGCAAGCUGGACUUUCUCCGCGGGCCGCUCAACAUCAUCGACGCUAUGGCCAUCCUGCCCUACUACGUUUCCUUGGUGGUGACAGAGAAAGACCCAGAGCUGGAACACGAGAGGCCGGGAGGAGGUAAGGGCUACCUGGACAAGCUAGGCCUGGUUUUGAGGAUCCUGCGAGCGCUGAGAAUUCUCUACGUGAUGAGGCUGGCUCGCCACUCUCUCGGCCUGCAGACGCUGGGGCUGACGGUGCGACGCAGCACCCGGGAGUUUGGCCUUCUGUUGCUUUUUCUCUGCGUCGCUGUCACCCUCUUCUCCCCGCUGGUGCACUUGGCUGAGAGCGAGCUCACAGGUACCCAUGACUUCACCAGCAUUCCCGCCUCCUACUGGUGGGCCAUUAUCUCCAUGACGACAGUGGGAUAUGGCGAUAUGGUGCCCAGAUCCAUUCCGGGACAGGUGGUAGCACUGAGCAGCAUCCUCAGUGGCAUUCUCAUCAUGGCCUUCCCUGCUACUUCCAUCUUCCACAUGUUCUCCCGCUCCUACCAAGAGCUCAAGAUGGAGCAUGACCGAUUGUUCAAAGAGGAGUGCGUGGCUGCCGCUGCAGCUGCUGCUGCCAGUGGGGAGCCACAGGAGGCGGGAGGUGAAGGAGGCGGUGAGAACUCGGCUCCACCUAAAAUGCAUCUAGACAAUGAUAAUGUGCACUCGCUGGAAUCUCUGGCUCUGUUAGGGAAAGGUGGCGAAGCUGCUGGAAAUAAUAAUCACAGCCUUCCGGCAGCAGCUUUCUGAGCUGCAUUUGCACAGACUGACCUCUAAGAUGUGACUGUGCAGUAUACGAUGAAAGUACUGUUUCCAAAAGGCCUCACUAUCUACACAGCUCUGAGGGCAUCUGCAUUGUUUGGAUAAAAAGAGAUUAAGCAAACAUUACGCAUUUCUUUUGCUCUUCAAGGAUUUCAUAAGGAGUAAAAGUGUCUGCGCUGAGAGACACACAACCCUUUAAAUCGGAUGAUUUUGUCCGACCAGAAAGCCUCUGCAGCAAUAUUAGUAAACGGCUGCGUCCAUAAACAUGCAAUAUUCAAUCCAAAGUUGCUUUUCCUCCCACUGUGAAAAUACUGACUGCAACUUUUAGUUUCAUUCUCAUUACUUUUUAAUUUGUUGCCUACAGUAUGACCUCAGUGUGUUUCGUACUGUAUACUAGCUUGAAGCCAUGCUAUAGCAAAUUGAUUGUCUCAUAUAUGAUACGAUUCAUCUCUCUUGUGUAUAUUUCUAUGCUUGGACUGAAAUGGUUUCUCCAUUCUCAAAUAUAAACUCCAGGUAAACGAUUAAGAAAUUGCAUAAUUAUUCCAAAUGUUUCUAAAUCAGUGACAAAAGAAACGGACAUGGAGGAAAAAAAGGUGUUUUUAUUUGAAUGAAGACGAGCGUGAGUGAGAGAGAGUGAGCACUAAAACCAUGAAAUGUACUUUGCAACGCUCCAAAUAAAAGCUCUCCUAGUAAUCUGAGAAAAAUCCGU